CUUGAGAAGACGAUAAAACUUUUUUCCUUGAACCUUAUUCUCUUGGAAAUUCAUGAGUCCUCAAUGGAAUGUUAAGAUGAAUAUAUGGAUUAAUUUAAAGUGAGUAUACACAUCUUUACAUGAAUUAUUAUUCAAAACAAUUUCCUCACAAACAUACACACACAUAAUGUCUUUAGCUUUUGCUACCACCAACAACAACAUUAAUCACUUGUUAAACCAAUCCAACACUAUCUCUCACUCUCACCUCAAACAAAUCCACGCUCAAGUUCUUCGCACCAUUCACACAAACCAUCCACAAUCCCUUUUUCUCUACACAAGACUUCUUCACCACUCCUCCUUCACAAAUCUCAACUACACUACUCGUCUUUUUCAUCACUUUAACAACCCAAGUUCCUUCAUGUGGAACAUUCUCAUACGAGCCUACGCCAAAUCCACAAACCACAAACACCAUGCUAUUGUUCUUUACAGAGAAAUGUUAACAGAACAGAAAAAUGAAGUCUUUCCUGAUAAACACACUUACCCAUUUGUUCUCAAGGCUUGUGCUUACUUGUUUUGUUUAUUUGAAGGGAAACAGGUUCAUGCCCAUGUUUUGAAACUUGGGUUUGAGUUGGAUAGUUAUAUUUGUAACAGUUUGGUUCAUUUCUAUGCUUCUUGUGGGUGUUUGGAAAUGGCCCGGAAAGUGUUUGAUGAAACGUGUGAAAGGAGGAAUGAGGUUUCGUGGAAUGUGAUGAUUGAUUCUUAUGCAAAGGUUGGAGAGUAUGAUACUGUUUUGAAAAUGUUUUGUGAGAUGAUGAAGGUAUAUGAACCUGAUUGUUAUACAAUGCAGAGUGUUAUUAAUGCUUGUGCGGGUUUAGGUGCUCUUUCUUUGGGUAUGUGGGUUCAUGCUUAUGUUUUGAAAAGGUGUGACAAGAAUGUGGCUUGUGAUGUCUUGGUUAACGCUUGUUUGGUUGAUAUGUAUUGCAAAUGUGGAUCUUUGGAAAUUGCUAAGCAGGUGUUUGAAGGAAUGUCUUAUAGAGAUGUGAAUUCAUGGAAUUCAAUCAUUUUGGGUUUUGCCAUGAAUGGAAAAGCUGAGGAAGUAUUGGAUUACUUUGUCCGUAUGGUGAAGGUAGAGAAAUUUGUGCCUAAUUCUAUCACUUUUGUUGGUGUGUUGAGUGCAUGUAAUCAUGGCGGAAUGGUUAAUGAGGGGUUAACGUAUUUUGAAAUGAUGACUAAGGAAUACAAUAUGGAACCAAGUUUGGUGCAUUAUGGAUGUCUUGUUGAUCUUUAUGCUAGAGCUGGACAUAUCCAAGAAGCUUUGAAUGUGGUUUCGAAAAUGUCUAUUAAACCAGAUGCUGUAAUUUGGAGGAGUCUUUUAGAUGCUUGUUGUAAGCAACAUGCAAGUGUUGAGCUAAGUGAAGAAAUGGCAAAGCAAGUUUUUGAGUCAGAGGGUAGUGUUUGUGGGGGUGCUUAUGUGCUUUUGUCAAAAGUGUAUGCUUCAGCUAGUAGGUGGAAUGAUGUAGGGUUGCUUAGAAAGCUAAUGAAUGACAAGGGGGUGAGUAAAGAGCCUGGUUGUAGUUUAAUAGAGAUAAAUGGUGUUGCUCAUGAAUUUUUAGCUGGGGACACCACUCAUCCAGAGAGUAAAGAUAUAUACAAGUUUAUGAAUGAAAUUGAGGAGAAGCUAGAAUCAAUAGGGUAUUUACCUGACUAUUCAGGAGCGGCGUUGGUUAAUGAGAGUAAUGAGGGAAAACAUAAUACUAUGAGGUUGCAUAGUGAGAGAUUGGCCAUAGCUUUCGGGCUUUUGAAUUCAAAACCAGGCAUGCCGAUAAGAGUAUUUAAGAAUCUUAGAGUGUGUAAUGAUUGCCACAAGGUUACUAAAUUAAUAUCCAGAAUUUACAAUGUGAAGAUAACUGUAAGAGACCGUGUUCGAUUUCAUCACUUUAAAGAUGGUAGUUGUUCUUGUAUGGACUAUUGGUGAUACAUGAUAAACGUGUCUGGUAUGGUUUGAAAUAUGCUUGUGGUAGAGUGCAUGAUAAUGAUUAAUGACAUGGGACUAGGAUGAUCAAAUUCAUUAUGGGAAACUGAUUUCUUAAGAAUCACAUCGGUUCGGAAGUUCACUUUCAAUGGGAAAAUCCAGUGUUUGUCCAGAUAUCAGAAAUACAUGUGAAGGGUGGGAAAAGAAGCUCCUAUUUUUAUUGUACACUAAAAAGUAGGCCUGGAUUGGUAGGUUGAGCCAUGCCAUAGGGCUUGCGGAGGUAAAUCAUCAUUGGGUACUGUAGUGGUGGAUCCCCUUUCACAUGACAACACUCAAAUUGAAUAUAUGUAUAGCCAGCUAAAUGCAUAACCAGUGAGAUAUAACGUGUAGUACAUACUCAUCUAUGGUUAGUCUUCCAAACACUCGGGCCUGUCCAUACACUGGAAUCCUCCUUCAGGAUACCCUAGAGUCUUCUCCACCAAGAACACAAGACUGUGAAAAAGACCUCUAUGAUUGCUAACUUCAUUACAACAUUCUUCUACAUGAGUUGGAUAUACAGCUUUUGGAAAGAACAAACACCAAGACACUUGACAGGUUUUGGGUUUUAUGAGCCUUACUGGCUCAUUGACUUUGCUAAUGCUUGUAUUAUUCUUCAUUUGGUGGGAGGAUUUUGGAUUUUGAAUAAUAUCUACCAAUUGAAACUGUUUUUGUGUCAUGUUAUCAGCUUUUCAACUAAACAUGUUGAGGAUUUGUUUUAGAACAGCUUAUGUAAUUUCCACAACUGGACUUCGAAUUAUGUUUCCUUGUUUCAAUUAAGUUCUAGCAGCCUUAGGCUUUUGGCCAUUGACUAUAUAUUUUCAUUUAGAUAUGUACUUUGUACAUAAU